AUGGCAGACACCGUCACGCAGCGCCUGUCACGGCGGGGCCGGCUGUGCCCGCUGCAGAGCGCCCGCAGCGGGGUAAUUGCACCGGGGGGAAAUGCACUUCGGGAGACCAAGCAAAACCCCACGGGCACAGAGCGCUUGGUGCUGCGCUCGCGGCUACUGCUGCGCUCUGCGUCGCUCCCGCCGAGGUACCCGGCACGUGAGAGGAUCCUGGGCUAUGCGGAGGAGCCUUGCUAUCUCUGGUUUGUCAUGGAGUUCUGCGAAGGGGGAGAUCUCAACCAGUAUGUGCUCUCGCGAAGACCAGACCCAGCGACAAACAAGAGCUUCAUGCUACAGCUGACCAGCGCCAUCGCCUUCCUGCACAAGAACCAUAUUGUUCAUCGGGACUUGAAACCAGACAACAUCUUGAUAACUGAGAAAUCUGGCACCCCUGUUCUCAAGGUGGCUGACUUUGGACUCAGCAAGGUCUGUGCUGGCCUGACUGCUCGGGGCAAGGAGGGUGGGAACAACAACAAAAAUGUGAAUGUGAACAAGUACUGGCUGUCUUCGGCUUGCGGCUCUGAUUUCUACAUGGCCCCUGAGGUCUGGGAGGGACACUACACGGCCAAGGCUGACAUCUUUGCCCUUGGCAUCAUCAUCUGGGCCAUGAUUGAGAGGAUAACUUUCAUCGACGCGGAGACCAAGAAGGAGCUGCUGGGGACCUACAUCAAGCAGGGGACAGAGAUUGUGCCCGUUGGGGAAGCGCUGCUAGAAAACCCAAAGAUGGAGCUGCACAUCCCUCAGAAACGCAGGACUUCCAUGUCUGAGGGGAUCAAGCAACUCUUGAAAGAUAUGUUGGCUGCUAACCCGCAGGAUCGACCUGAUGCCUUUGAGCUUGAAACCAGAAUGGACCAGGUUACGUGUGCUGCUUAAAUUCAGGGCAGGGCACUGCUGUGCUUUGCAGCUGGGUUUAUUUACCAGGGACCCAUAAUCUCCAUUACUUACGUGCAACGAGGGAAGUUGAAGAUAAGGGAAGAAGACUAUAUAGAAGAUCUCUGGCCUGCAGGAUCUUUGGCAAUGUGAAAUCUUUGGGUGUUUUGUUUUGUUGGGAAGAGGUAUUUUGGGGUUGUGCGAGGGGGGCUGCGUGGGCCUGCCGAAGAGUACAAGCUAAACAGCUCUCAUGAAACUAUUCUUGAAUUAGAUUCAGAAAGUUGCCACUGCCCAGCCAUCCCUGUGUCCCUGUGCUGCAGUUUGACUCAGAUAUUUCUAGAGAUCUGGUUCUGAAACAGGUGGGAAGCAGGAGCCCUGCGGUGUGAAAUGCUGCCAGGCCUCAUGUCUGAGUCCAGCUGGGCACAACUUUGGGGUUAAAGCUAUCGCUUCCCCCAGGGGAAGGGGAUGAGGUGAUUGCUGGGUUUGCGCUGGGAGUGCAAGGCUUCAGAAAAAGUGAGUCUCAGAGACUGCGUGUUGCAAGCAGUUAAUGAUUUCGUAGCCAGGUAACUUCUGAAUAGGCAAGUGCUGCUCAGGUUAUAAGCAGUUGAUGUUAGGAUAGAGUAGUACAAACAAGCUGGAAAGCCAUUCUGCAAGGCAGGUCUGCCUCUGGGAUGGACAGACCUUUAUUCUCCCUGGGCUGGUUUUCAUUAGUGAAAUUUGUUAUGGACAGUCUUGCAAUACAGGGGGCAGUGGGGAGCCAGUAGGUAUAUUUUCGGGCAGAUGUUGUCUACAUACAAGAAAAACAGAACACAAUCCACUAAUUUGAACUCACUUAUGGCAAACUUCAGCUGUUAGGAACAGCGCUAGGGAGAGGAGGAGGUUUGGCCUAAAUGGCUCACAGGCUGGAUUCUAGCCUCCUGCAAAACACUUCCUUGCUAGAUAGCUCUCUCCAGGAAGCAAAAGGCAAUGCUGCUGUUUAGGUUUGCUCACUUGGUUACAGGUCAGCAGGAUGCUCAGGUAAGGAGAUUGGAACCUCAGGCUGAGCAGUUAAUACGCAAUUUCCUUGCCUAUAUUUAGAGCAACACUGACUUUCUGGGGCUUACCCCACGUGAUGUCUUUAGACGUAGCUCGCUGUAAAUGCAGUGUAAAGCACCACCUCUUCUCUAUCCUGCAAAUUCUGCUGAACCAGCUGAAACAUUUCCCUCCAGGUUAAAUCAGCUGGCACCAGUUUGGGGAACAGGCUGUUCAGAUCAAGCACCGUUCCCAGCCCUCACCAGGAGCUGGCCAGGUUCACAGGCAGAAGAAGGUCCCCUUGACUCCCCUGUUCCUGGCUGUAGGAACUGUCCCUGGCCUGUGUUCAGGCUCUGGCUUUCCAUUUAUCAUCACUGAAAGGCUCCUAAGCUGACAGCACCUCCUUGUAUCUACUCUAGUAUGUUUUACUGGCCUCAUGGGAAUGAAUGGAAAUGCAGUAAACGUAUGUGAGCUAGGGCAGAGCUAAAGCUGGGAAAAGGGGAGGGAAGGAGUUGUUUUUUCUCCUCCCUCCAUCUGUUCCAGGACUCAAGGCUAAGGCUGUCACUGGAGGAGGGCUGGGUCCUCCUCAGGAUGAUGAUGCCAUGAGGCUUGAUGCCAUGAGGCUUGAGGCCAUGGGUGAUGCUUUGGCCAGCACAAAUUGUGCACCUGUUCCCACUUGGCUCUUCGGUUUGUUCCUAGGGAUGCCUCUGUGGGUUGUGGCCAGCCACAGCCAGACCAGGGCUGUACAAACUCCUUCCUGGCUGGUUACUGGGGUUUAGGCAGUUCAGGGUUGGUUAGCAGGCUGUGCGCUCAGCUUUGGCCACAGAGCGCUCUCGGGGGCUUUGAACUGCAGUUUGGCUGCUCUGAUUUCUCUCCAACUCGUAGUAGAUCCCUAGUAGCAGCCGUGCUGAGGCCCCUCCAGGGAGUCAAGUGCAGGUUUCUCACCCCGCUCCUGAGAGGGCUUGCAGAGCCCCCGUGCUUGGCCCAGCAUCCCACGGGAGGGCUGCAAGGAAGUGAGGACUGAACCCUAUGUUUUACAACUCCAGCGUUAGUGCCCAAAUCACUGAACCGUUGUUCUUCCACCUAAUAGAGCCUUUGCUGCUGACUGUUAAAACCUUACCCUGGCUUGAGCUGGUGGAGUAAGAGGGCUUUACCCUCCCGAAGCUGCUCACACAGGCUUUCUCUGCCAGAAGGACCCUUCCCUGCGCACUGUGCCCUGGGAGAAGGGAGCUUCUUAGCAGGAGAGCUGUCGUGCCCCAGAUGGAGGGGAUACCUUGCAGAACUGCUCUUGGAGCUUGCUUGCUUGUGAUACACAGAGCUAGCAGCCUGUUUGUGUGUUUGUUCCUGGGUGCCGAGUCCCUCUCAAUGCCUGUAUACAUAGAAACCGAGUCUGAAAUGCAGGAUGUGGAGGGGAAAGAUGAGUGGGCCACUCACUGGGCUGCUGGCCUUGAGCUGGUUGUGAGCCCCCUGUUCUUCCCUGGGGCCAGGAGCGAGCCGCGGGAGGCAUCGCCUGUUCAGAGAGCUGGCAGGCAGAGCGUGCGGCCAGCCCCGCGAGGGUCACCCUCUUGGCCCAUCACAGUUUCAAGCUAUCUUCAGACCACAUGGCUCCACCUCAGCUUUUGCGUUGCAGUUGUGUUUUCACAGCAGCUUGAUGUUAGUGAGCUAGACCGUAGUGCCUUACUUAGGAUUUAGCAAACACUUCCGAGGAAGGGUCCUAGGGCUGCUAGCCUUUGGCCAAUGUGGAUGUUCCCCUAUUUAGUUUGUCCUUUUAAAAGUAUUUCCCCCUGAUGACUUUGCUGCUGUUUUCACUCAACUCCCCAGACUAUUAAGGAAGCUGCCUAGUGUUUACAAGCUCCUAGCAUCUCUCUUCCAGUUACUUUGGCCCAGACCGGUGCUCCCUCUAGAACAAGGUGCAACGGGGAACGGCUCAAACCUGCAUGUGUCGCAAUGUGAGAGAUGUUUAGGCAUCUCUUCUGCGCUGGGUCUUUCAAGCAUCUCCUGCCCAGCUCCUGCAGGCUGAACUUCUCCCCCCGUAAGAGAAGUUUUUGGCAUUUGGAUGUGCAGCUGGGAAAAUUCAAGCUGCAGGAAAGCAGCCCGAAGCCUGCUCUGCAAGGCUGUCUGCCAUCUCGCAGGCGGCACCGAAGCUAAACAUCCAGAUGCCGGAGGGGCCCUGGUGAGAGCCGAGCGUCCUCGCUGGGAAACCCCGCCGCCCUCGAGGCUGGCGUGAAGCCCGAGGUUGUGCUGCAGCCGGCGCCCCGGCCUGCCGCGCUGUAGGAGUGAUUGUAUGAAACUGUUUACUUCUGACUAUGCUGUUUUAAAGAGGGAUGUGGGGUGGGGGGGGGGAACAAGCCAAGCCUCAGGAGGACUGGGAAACGCGUUGUCUGCACCAGCCUGCAGCCAGUCGGACACCUCCAGCAGCUUGCAGGUGGUGCGGGGAGGGGGGGGUCUCCCAGCCAGCUUUGGUCCACACGGAGGAGAGAGCAGAGAUGGCUGUAGCCUAGCAGGGUUAGAUUAGCUCCCCUUUGUCCCCUUGCUGCUGUGUUUGAGGUUCAGCUAGUGACAGAUAGGAGUUACCCCUGUGGUCUUCCUUUACUCCUCAGGACCCAGCUCCUUCACAUAUCAGAGGCUUUCAGGGCCUUUCUGGAGCAAUAAGACUUGCAACAAGCAUUACCAUCGUUGUGAAAUUCCUCCUGUGUGUGUCGUACGUCUCCUCCACAUGCAGUACCGAGUCUGGGUUUAAGCCUGGUGAGCGCCAUGGGGCAGCUGCUGCAGGGCACAAGCCAGGACGUGGUUCACCGCUACUUUCCACAGGUCGUGAGAGCAAGGAAACACAUUGCUGCUUGGUUGCGUUUCCCCGAGACGCGCACUGCCAAAGCGCUGCAGCUCCCGCAGGCCGAGCGGUGCGCCCGGUCCC